AUGGCGCCCAAGAACAAGGCAAAGGCUGCAGGUGUCAGUGCCAGCUCUUUCUUCGACCUCAAGGCCGAGCUAUCGAAGAAAGAGGAAGACUUUGCAAAGGAAAAGGCCGCGGGUAGGGCAACCGCCCUCGUUGGUGGCGUGAAGAGGCCUGACAAGAAACCCACGAUAUGGGCGAGACAGAAUACGGGUGUCAAAAACCGCGCGGCGCGAGACAUCGAGCUCGAGGAGAUCAGCAAGCCGACGCUGGAUGCCGCCCGCGCCGUCCUCGAACGCAAAGCCAAGAUGUACGAGAAGUUGCAGAAGGGCAAGAGCGGCGGGCUGAGCGAGAAGCAGUUAGAAGCUCUGCUGGUCGACUUCGACUCCAAGGCCAUCGAUCAUUAUGAGUCGGACAGUGAUGACGUCGACGAAUCGUUGACUGUUCCUAAACUACCUGGGGGCGAGGAGGACGAUCCUAUCGUCGAAUACGAAGACGAGUUUGGCCGGAUGCGAACUGGGCGGCGUUCAGAGAUCCCCCGCCAUCUUAUGCCUCAGCCAGAGGGGGAAAAGGAAGAGGACAUCGAGUACGUGACACUUUGUCCAUUUUUCGCCGAGGAGAACAACCCGCUCAACGUCCACUACGACGCCUCGCAGGAGGUCCGGGCUAAGGGCGCCGGGUUUUACCAGUUCUCUGGAGACGAUGAGACCCGCAGGAAACAGAUGGAGGAGCUCCGGCUUGCUCGCGAGGAGACGGAGAAGACACGGCAGGAGACCGGCGCUGAAGAUGUGCGGCCAGGUGAGGUGGAGGGCAUGCAUGGGCCUGGAGAGGAGAGCGCAGGACCCGUCGCGACGAAGAGCCGGGCGCUUGAGAAGCGCAAGCGAGAGCUGGAGGAGCGGCGAAAGAUGCUGAAUGCAAAGCGGAGAAAGGUAGCAGACCCUGUUUCCUCCUCAGCAUCGUCUGCCAAAGCAGAAGAAAGCGAGGCGAGGCCUUGGAACGGCACACCUGCCGGCGCAGUCGUGGAUCCUUUUGCUGUUCUGGAAGUACAAUUGACGAAACCCAAAGGAAAGAAGAAAGAGCUGCCACCGCCGCCCUCACCAAUCGAUCCUGCAGAUGCUUUCCUCGCACAGCUGGAACGAGACAUGCUCAAAGGCGGUCAGACGAAGACGAGUGGAUCAUCAAAUGACGCGCUAUGA